AUCAUUUCUAGAAUCUGGGACUCCAGAAGGGCUGAAUGGAGAAGGAGGGAGGGAGAAAUAGAAACUAGCGCACAGAGGGAGAGAGCAGCUGCCAGAGGCCAGGAGGAGAAACCUUCGCUGAAGCCGGGUGAGGGUGCAUGGGAGAUGCAGCACUGCAUCCACAUGCUCUGAAAGCCGCCUGCUUCUGUAGUGUGCAGCAUUGUUCCUCCCGCAGCACGUCCGUGUGGGGUCCCAAUCAGGAAUCAGUAUGCCAUUGUGCUAGGGGCUGUACAAACACCAGAACAAAAGAUGGUCCCUGCUCCAAAGAACUUCCAAUCUAAGUAUAAGAUGAGAGAUAACAGAAUGAAGUGGUCCGGAACCUGACAUUCACCCUCUGCCUGCUUACAACUGGCCAUAAAUUGCAACACACUGGGAGCCAAAUCGUCACUGCACCGUGUAAAAGAUCCUCAGCCAGAAACAGCCAAACAAGCUUUGAUGGAAAUGUCUUAUAAUUUGACAGGAGAAAAUGAAUUCAGUCCCCCCCAGAAUUUAAUUGUAACCAGCGCAUCCAGUCCAGUUGAGAACAGCUUAAAGGAGCCUUGUAACACACCACUGAGCAAUGAUACUUUAUAUUCCAACACAAACAGCCCUUCAGAUUCUUAUGUGAAACCUCUCUGUGAUGCAGCAUCCGAAAAGAAAAGCCAGUGCCACAAAGGAGUUAAAUAUGUCUCCUCCGAAGGAGACAAACUUGAGUGUGGGUGGGGGGCUUUCACGCCUGCUUGUUUACAGUUCUUCAACACACCUAAGGGUGUCUUGUUAUUCCUCUGUGUGGCUUCUUUUUUGCAAGGGAUGAUAGUGAAUGGCUUCAUUAAUACAGUCAUCACCUCAAUAGAACGGCGCUUUGACCUGCACAGCUAUCAGAGCGGACUGAUUGCAAGCUCUUACGACAUAGCAGCAUGUGUCUGCUUGACGUUUGUCAGUUACUUUGGGGGCAAUGGGCAUAAACCACGGUGGCUGGGAUGGGGAGUGCUCAUUAUGGGAGUAGGCUCCAUUGUCUUUGCAUUGCCCCAUUUCACCACUAGCCAGUAUGAAGUACACUUCUCGGAAGAGACCGGCAUGUGCUCUUCCAACCACAGCGUGCAGUGUGCGGAAAGCACGUCGAUCCUCUCAAACUACAGAUUUGUCUUCAUGCUUGGGCAGUUCCUGCAUGGUAUUGGAGCGACACCACUCUACACUCUUGGAGUGACCUAUUUAGAUGAAAAUGUCAAGUCUAACUACUCCCCUGUGUAUAUCGCUAUUUUCUACACUGCUGCAAUCCUUGGGCCCGCAGCAGGUUAUCUGGUAGGAGGAAUGUUUCUAAAUAUUUAUACUGAAAUAGGCAAACAAAUUGAUCUAACUCCAGAUAAUACUCUCUGGGUAGGGGCCUGGUGGAUAGGAUUCCUGGGUGCUGGAGCUGCUGCCCUUCUUACUGCCAUUCCCAUUCUGGGUUACCCUCGCCAGCUGCCAGGAUCCCAGCGCUACAUCAUUAUGAGAAUCUCCGAGGCUCAUCAGCUGAAAGAUGGGAGCCAUGAAACGGCAUCAGAUCCCGACUUUGGGAAAACAGUUAAAGAUCUUCCACGAUCAUUAUUGCUGCUUCUGAAGAACCCUACCUUCAUCUUCCUCUGUUUAGCUGGAGCAACUGAAGCCACGCUCAUUGCGGGAAUGUCUACUUUUGGACCCAAGUUCCUUGAGUCACAGUAUGGUUUAAGUGCCUCCGAAGCUGCUACCUUGUUUGGUUAUCUUGUCGUGCCAGCGGGGGGAGGAGGCACAUUCCUAGGAGGAUUCUUCGUGAAUAAGCUUAAGCUUCGCUGUUCAGGAAUCAUCAAGUUGUGUUUACUUUGCACAGUGACAAGUCUACUGGCUGCUUUCAUAUUUUUCAUUCACUGCCCUAACAUGCCUAUGGCAGGAGUAACGCAGAUGUACAACCGAAGCAUCUUACUGGAAAGCAGCUUAAACCUGACAGCAGCGUGCAAUGCCGAAUGUGAUUGUCUAAGGGAGCUCUACAGUCCAGUCUGCGGAAGCGAUGACAUCAUGUAUUACUCUGCCUGCCAUGCAGGGUGCAAAAAAAAAUCAUUCCUCGAUAGUGGCAAGAAGGUUUACCAUGAGUGUAGCUGUAUCCUGGAGAAUGAUCCCACUGGUUCUGCCCAAGCGAUAGCAGGGAGAUGCACUUCCUCCUGUGAGAGAAGGACUGUCCUUCUGGUUUUCAUGUUUUUUGUGAUUUUCUUUACAUUCCUAUGCAGUAUUCCUGCGCUGACUGCAACUCUACGGUGUGUCUCCGACAGACAGAAAUCAUUUGCACUAGGAAUCCAGUGGAUUGUAGUAAGAACUCUAGGAGGCAUUCCCGGUCCUAUUGCCUUUGGCUCUUUGAUUGAUCUAUCAUGUCUGGUGUGGCAGGACCAGUGUGGAGAACAAGGUUCUUGCUACGUUUACCAGAACUCCUCCAUGAGCCGAUACACUCUGGUUGCUGGAAUUGUCUACAAGGUGGUUGGAACAGUCUUCUUCCUGCUGGCCUGUUUACUUUACAAACCGCCUCCGCCAGAAUCCCUACCAGGGAGCUCAGAUGCAUCAGAAAAUGGGAACUGUGUCCUCCAGGAGAACAAAUCUCUCCAGACCCAAGCUGCUGAAUAGCACUAUAAAUACUGCAAGGGACUUUCUCCCAGUCUCAGAAAUACCGUGUCAAAAUUUUGUUUUGUUCCUGUUUUAUGAUUACUAUUAUUAUUACUAUUGCUUUACCCUUUUGUUUUUCUGUUUAAAGAAGGAUAUUUGAAGUAAGUUCUGGUUUGGAGUAACUUUUUCUGAAGGGCAGAAGCACAUGAGAGGAUACUUACAUUGAUGCCAUAUGAGGAUCCGUGCACUGAUGCCAGACACUUAUGUUACUCACUGGUAGCUUUAUAGCACUUCUGUAACAAACCUGAACCACACUAAAGAAACCAGAGUACCACUGUGGGACCAAAUUCUCAUCUGGUGUAAACUGGCUCCAUUCACUUCUGCUGAGAAUCUGGCCUGUAACACAUACAUUAUAGAGCCAUCAGUAGCAAAGCACUUGUGUUCAUACUUUUUAGGUCUGAUCAACUGCCUAUCCUCAUGUUGACAAUCUGCUACCAUAUGCAAAGCAAGGAGCAAAAACAGUGUCUUUUUUGUUGCUGUAGCAUAUAAGCGUUGCUCAUAAUGUAUGCUCUAUUCUCUCUCUGUUCAGUUCAAUUAUAGAACAUUUAAUUGUCAUCGUUCCUAUUACUUUGCAAUGGUUUGAGAUCAUGGAUUACCUGGGAAGUUCAUCAGUAGAUCACAUACAACACACUGUUGAAACUUGAACAUCACUGGCUAUUUUUAACUCACUACCCAAGCCUUUUUCUGUCGCCACCUCUGGUUUCCUAAUUCCAGUCCCAGGAUUUGCAGUAUAGUUACAAUCUGCUUUUCUUCCGUUGUUUUAAGAUGGACACAUUUUGUAACGACCUGUAAAGGCAGUUGGACUAGUUCUUGUCCUUGAGCUAUUGUGCUGUUUGACGCAGAAACAUAUAAGAUAUGGAUUUGUGAAAUGUUUUGUUUGUUUGUUUUUAAGUAUACAGAAAAAUCCGAACUAAUUUAGUUUUUCUCACACUGCUCCUUGGAAGAGAAACCUAACAUAGCGACAGACUUUAUUGUAUGAAGCCAAUGAAGAAAUCAACCAGAUUCUCAGCUGGUGGAAAUAGACAUAGCUCUGUUGAUUUCAAUGGAGCUACACUGAUUUGCACCAGAUGAUGAUCUGAUCCAUUGUUUGCAAAUAAACUGGGCCACAUUUUCAAAAAUGCCCUUUAAAUAUGCACUGCAGUAUUAACCGUAUGUUGUUGGCAAGGACAAGCAAUGGAUGGCCAGCAUCUGAUGGCCAGAUUUAUGAGUGGCUGUCUCACCCACACCCACAAAAUUAGGCAGGUAUCAAAAUCUUAUUAUUUGGCUCUUCAAUGGUUGCACAAGCAAAAACUGCAGGUAGAAAUUCAGCACUUGGAUUGAGGCCCCUCGGACGAUGCAGGUCCCUGAAAUCCUUACCCUGCAUAAAACUGUAGUGAAGAAUUAUAGGACAACCACUAACAAGCUGUUUAAUCGACAUGUAAUGUUCACUACAAAAUAUUUAGAAAGAUUUGUAGCUACUUUGUAUAUUGUUUUAUCCUUAUGUUUUUGUAAAAGAGGGAAGAAGGUUGAAAAGCUGUUUAUAGUUUUUUGGCAAAGGACCAAACAUUCCGGCGCCCAGCCGACACCAUUAAACACAGCCAUAUCCCAUGCCUGGUGUUUCCCAUUCUGCUGAGGGUGAUACUGUGGUGGAGAUAUGGGGCUGAAGGAAAAUCCCCGUUCUUUCCUUGACACUCACUGUGAAUGGGCUUUGAAUAGGAGUUCCUCUGCCAUCCGUGAAUCCUCUUCCACCAAGGCCAUGGAUUUACUAUGCAGCAGCAGCCAUUAAAAGGCCCAUAUUUCCCAACCGUUGUCCCACCACAGCAUCUCGGGAUGUCUCUCAGACUCUGGCCAGUCGCACUAUUGCUCUAAAAAUAGCUGCAUCGUAAACAACACACUGACCGAGCUGCAAGUUCAAAGCACUGAUCAGAACUUUUAGAGCCAUUGACCUGGGCUGAAAGGCUCACUCCAAAAUGCCAUGUGCACCUAUCCUGGGAAACACUGCAACGUCUCUGGUAUCAUAGCGUGGUAACUACUGCUGAACACUGACAUUCUGGAAGGCAUCCAUGGUCAGUAGCUCUGGGUAGUCAUGGACCCAUUGGUACUGCCUUCCCAGAAUAAACCCCUAUGCACUGGUGCAUACAGAGCCCUUGCAGUAUUCUGGGUGUGGCCUCCCCCUCUCUGCUGCUUGACACCCACUCCCCAUUUUACACACCCGUGGUGAUUUAAGGGGCGUGACUAGGCCCAAAGAGAUUAACCCUGACCCGUAGUAAAUGGUUCUUCAUGACCGUCAACAGUUUUCUCGGGCACCUGUAAGCAAGACAACCACUAUCUACAGGAGUCUGCCACUCCAGUACACUAUAAACAAUAAACACAUUCCAACACUUUGGGUACAAGCAGUAGCCUGGUGAGUUGCAUGACAUUAUUCUGGGGAAAUAUUUUGUGCAUAUUGUACUUACGAGGUUAGAAGUGUUUAUAUAUAUGCCAUGCUUUACUAGUGUUUAUCAAAUGAAAUUUGUUUGAAUUUAUCAUUUCAAGAGCAAAAGAAUAGUGGUGUUUUAUUAUGUUGAUGUGGUCUUGAAAAUCCUUGAUUUUAAUUAAAUAGCAAAAAAAAAAAAAAAAUACCCUGUUCCUAUUAGGGCAACAUUUGUAUAUAAAAAACUAUGUAUGUGCCCAUGGUAUUUGAAAGGACAUUUCCCCAUCUCAUGUGAAGUAUUGUAUUCCUAUGACGUCACAGAAAUAUAAGCACUAUUUGACAGGUC